UUCGUGGCAAAGAGACGAUGACGUCAGGGGGAGUGAGGUGAAAGAAGGGAACGGCACGGCCAUUCCAUUUCCGCUUCUUUCCUGCGCUCACUAUAUUCGCUUACUCCCUCUCGUUCACGCGUGUAUUUGUGCGUGCGAUUCACGUCGUCUUUGUUUUCCUCCUCUCCCUUUCAUGGAAUCUCUGCGGGAACAAGUGAUGAUCAACCAAUUCGUGCUCGCAGCCGGAUGCGCCCGGGAACAAGCCAAGCAACUCCUUCAAGCUGCUCACUGGCAAUUUGAGACGGCAUUGAGUAUAUUUUUCCAAGAAGCGGCCAUCCCUGUGUGUAAUCAGAAGAGUAACCACUCAAAUCCGCUGAUCACACCAGCGAACACCCCAGCAACUCCUCCAAAUUUUCCAGAAGCACUGCUAUCCUUCUCAAAACUCUCUACAUCAGAGAAGCUCAGUACCUCACCUUCCUCAGGGAUGAUGUGCACAUGGACAACAGCAUCCACAGCUAGUCCUCCUUGUAUCAUCACAAGUACGAGUGCACAACGCAGCACCCAGAUCCCCAUCCCAGCUGCAGGUCAAUCUCAUCCACAUGGCCAGCAGAGAUAAGAUGCAAGGAUAAAGGCAUCUUUUGGCAUCUGCUGAAUUGAUUUGCAUGGGACUCCUUCACAUCGGUCAAGCAGGAUCGAUUCGUAGUACCUGAGAUGGAAAGAAAAAAGCUGCACAGACCUGGUUGGGCUUUGUGUUGACUGGUCUGGUGAUAUAUGCUACUGCUUUGAGUCACUCUCCCCAAUAGGAAUGCAUCCCUCCAUUUGUGACUAUCUUCAUGCCAAAGAGGAGUGAAGUAUGAAGACAAGUGUUGGCUACUAUGUUAGCAAGAAUUUUUGUUUUUCUAUUGGUAUUUUUUCCUCAAUAUCUCUGAAAGACACCAGAUGUGAUUGGAGAGUCGUGUAGUUGUGAUGUGCCAGCUCUCCCCUUUUGUUUUGCAUUGUGGACGUGUAUACAAAGGAG